AUGGCAGACGGCAGCGAAGAUUCAUACCUCUACAUGAAAAAUCGUUCAAAGCCUCUCCAUGAGUUAGACAAUGGGCAAACCGCUUCUGGCAAAUUACCGUCUUCCCGUAUUCCAAAGAAAGUCUGCGCCGAUACUCAACGCCUACCCACGCCAAACGUUCGCCCACAAGAUCUUAAAGCAGUAGUUGGGCACAGCAGCUCUUUCGAUGUUCCACAAUCGGUUGAACCUUCCACUACUGAACCAACUAACUAUAAUGAUUGCAUGGCCUUUGACCUUUAUGAGCAAGAUCCUGACAUGGAUUUCGAAUGCGAGGAUUACAACCUUCGAAGACAGUCAUCGGACUUUCGACUCAGUUUUGAGGACAUGAUCGUGUUGCCAAUAAGACUCAAGAUACCAUCAACUUCCGUCCAAUUCGACACACCUCCUUCCGCUGACAUCGAUGAGUUCGACUACGCUGAUCAGCACGCAUAUUUCAGUAGGCUCACCACUGCUGUUAACUCGGACUCGGCGAUACAUGAAUACGGUACACGCAAAGGCCCGCUUUGGAACUGCGCCUGGGAAAUGCUCGUACCUAAAGGGCUUCAUCCAGCAUAUCUUACGGAAAUUGAAUUUGUAGAACUGGUAUUGAGUCAAGGCAACGAUACAGCGAAAUGGAUGGAUGUUCAUAUUCCAACCCUGCAUAGAAGAGCACUCCAAAAAGCAGCCUCCGCACGACAAAAGCUCACCAACGCCGGUAUAUCUCCUUUUGAAUUAACCCAAGAAUAUUUGGAGUCUUUUGAAUGGAUGGAUAAGAUUGAGCAAGACAAUUUCGUCAAGACUAUGCAGAAGUUGCAGUUGCAAGUAGCCUUUCAGAAAGAAGGUCUUUCGAUGAGAAUUGAAGAUAUCGACAAUACCACGUUUGUGGACGAGGAGAAGCUUAUUGGAAAAUCCCAUACGAAGCUGGUCGAUGGUUGCUGCAUUCCACGAGACCAUUCCUCUGAGGUUGAUGAAUCGUUCAUGGUUGAUCAAAUGUCCCUUUCAGAAUUUGAAGAUCAGUUCUGGGCCAAUGAUUUCAAGGCUUCUGCUCCGUCCAGCACAGUACCCAUUCAACAGACACAUCAGUCUCCGACAACUCUCGACAUUUGUGAUGAAGCAAUUUCCAUGGAAUGCAUCAAAACAAUUAUAUGCCCCUGUUCCAGUCGAUCCAGCUCAUCCGGUAAACAUCCCGAGCAUAUCGAACCUCGUGAAGUUCGUGAGAACUCUGACGAUACCCAUCAAGACACCAAGAACAUUUCCACCAUCGAAAAUGGUAGCUUGAAACUUUCCCAGUUCACACCACUUGAAGCUUCGAGCCCCAAUUUUCACACAGCCUCUAAUGUUCUUCCACUGACAAAUCAUGAUUCUCACGUUAUCUUCUCAGUCCAAGAUCCUCCUACAUUAUCUCCCACUCGACCUGCUCCAGGUGGUUACACUUCGGAUGGUUCAGAGUCCCUAGCCUCCGCUACUCUGAAGGAUAAUAAGACUGAUGGUAAUCGUCGCCACAUAACGAAGAGUAGCGGUAGCCAGAAAUGCGGAAAACCAAACAUGGGAACCUCUGAAACCCCGGGAACGAAUGGAAAGUUUGGUAGUAUUGGUAAGAAGUUGAGCGACUCGCCAAGUUCGUUGAAGAAGAAAUUGAGUUCGGUUUUUGGAACGAUUGGAAGAUCGGGAAAACGUAGCGCUUGA